AAGGGUUUACUGCUGCUUAAUACAUAAAUACAUUUCGGGAAAACAACAAUAAACAAACAGUCAGGAACACAAAGUAAUAAAGUAAAGUAGUAAAGUUCAAGUAUUAAAGAACCAGUAAAUGCUUUAAGGAACUAGAAUCAUGAACGGUCAAGUAAUUUGCGAAACUUGUGGAGUUUUAGUGGAUAUAAGCAAUUAUGAGAAACAUCUAAAGUAUGGACAUAACUUAAAAAAUUAUGUGUCUCAAUCAGAAUCUAAUAAGAAUCAUAAAUGCCAUAUGUGCAGCAAAACCUUUACAAGUGCAUACAAUUUAAAGUAUCAUAUAGCUCAUCACAUAAAUGCCAGAUCUUUUGUUUGUACCGAAUGUCCAAAAGCUUAUAAUACAGCAUCAGAUUUAGCACAACAUAAGAGAAUUCAUAGCAACAUAGUAAAGGUGCCUCGUAAGGCUAAAAAAUGACAAAGACGAAAUUUGCUUCAAGGGAUAAUUUCUGUUUUAUAAUUUUACUCGUAAAAAACAAUAAUAAACGCUUAAAAAUCUUGGAAUUCCUCUUAAAAUUCAAAGGAUAUAAAGUUUGAAUAAGAGUUUUAAUAAGAAGCUAGUAAAGAGCACUUAGUGGCUGGAUACAUUUGCCUCACAUAAGAGAAAAAUGGAUCAAAUAUCUCAAAAUAUGAAUAUACAAGUAGUAUGUGAAGUUUGUGGUUUAUCAGUAGACAGAAACAAAUAUGAGAGACAUAAACUCUAUGGUCAUAAGCAGAAACAGGAUCACAUUUGCAAUGUGUGCAAUAAAAUCUUUACAAGUUCUUACAAUUUAAAGUAUCAUAUGGCACAUCACAUUAAUGCAAGAUCUUUUAAAUGCAACGAAUGCUCAAGUGCUUACAAUACUGCUUCUGAUUUAGCACAGCAUCAAAGAACUCAUGAUAGAGGAAGAGAAUUUUAUUGUGAAGAAUGUGCGAUGUUAUUUGAAACAAGAAGUAAAUUCAACGCACACAUGAAGAUUCAUAAAACGGCUGUAAAGAAACCUUAUGUACCUCGGAAAGCGGCACCAAAAGAGUGUCCAAUAUGUCAAAAGACAUUUAUGUCUAUAUCAAAACACUAUUUAACCGUUCACGAGAAACAAAGGAACUUCAAUUGCUUUUUAUGUGACAAAAAAUUUGGAAAGAAAUCGGGCUUGGAUAGACAUAUAAUAACUGUACAUAAAAAGGAAAAAAAUUACAAAUGUGAGGAAUGUGGAAAAGCUUACGGUGAAAAGGCUCAAUUACAAAAGCAUCAGCAACUGCAUUUAUCUGCAUUCUGUUCAAAGUGUAAAUUUCAUUUUGAUGACAUAAAACUGCAUAACAAGGAUAAGCAUAGCAAUUUCAAGCAUUAUUGUGACAUUUGCUAUGAAAUGUUUGAAAUAUUACAAGACCUGGAAAGUCAUUUCAAAACUGAACAUUCAACAAUGCGCUCAUAUUUUUGUGAUUAUUGUGGUAACGGAUUCCCAAAGAAAUUCCAAAUAGAAUUGCACAUUCUCCAAGCCUGCAAUUACUGUAAGUUAAUCCGAGCUCGAUCUAAAUAGAUUUAUUAAUUUUGUUCUUUCAGUUGCUUACACUGAGACAUGUUAAACAUUGUGAGAUAUUUUUGAAGGGAAUUUAGACGUCUCUACUGGUCUCAACACACUCAUCGUAUUUAUAAAAUUAAGUUCUUUAGAUUUAAGGACGUACAAAUUAGAAUGCACAAUAUAUGCAAGAGAACUUAGUAAAUUUGAAUAUGGUAAAAUUAUUGUAUUAAUUGAGUUUAUUAAAUAAAAUUAAUUGAUCAAGGAUGUCUUAUUGGAAAUUCAUGUUUAAAAAAGAUGAAAUUUGCUUCAAG